GAGUAUCGUCGCCACGCAUAAAUUCUUCUCUGUGCGUGCUCGCCUGUUCUCUCUCCUUUUAAAAACUCUUCCUUGCUUCGAUUUGAUUUCGUCCAGCGAUGGAGGGCGAGCGGCGCGGCUCCGUCACGGCCCUCCUGCAGCAGGCGCCCGAGUACUACACCCCCCCGAGCCCCGGCGACUACCCUGAGCCCGAGGCCGACUGCUGGGACGACCUCCGCCCGCGCCAGAGGAAGGCCCAGAAGCGAAGGACGUCCGAAGCGAAGGCGAAGAAGGAGGAGAGCGACGAGGCUGCCGAGGGCGCCGCCGCCAAGAAGAAGGAGAAGGACAAGGGCGCCGGGAAGAAGGUCGCCCCGUCGCCGGCAGCGCUCCUCGGGCAGAAGAAAGGCCCGGCGGAGGCGAAGAAGGAAGACGGCGGGAAGGGGAAGAGUAAGAAGGCGGCGAAGAACGGCAGGAAGCAGGGCGAGCAGGCGGACGGGGACGAGAAUGGACAGGGGAAUCCGCCGCCGCAGCCCGUGUUCAUGCGAGGCUGUUCGUCCGCGUACCAGAAGGCCGUGGAGCAGGUGCGAGGGACGGCGGUGGUGGCUAGUAUCGUGGUCCUUGGGCUUCCGGCGGACAGCGGACGGGGAAAGGAUAUGCGGAAGCUUCUCUCGUCUAGUCAAAUGGAUACGAGUUCCUUCGUCGCCGUGGCAGCUUCAAGGAUGAGGAUGAAGGGUGCCAAGGAGGAGGAGGACCCAGCUGAGUUCGCGGCUUUACCUAAAGAGCUGAAAAAGCAGGAGAAACCAAGGCAAGGGAAGAAGUUAUUCGAAGACGCUUACAUCAAUACGUGGAGUCACUCCAUACUCCCGGCCGAUGAAUCCUUGUUCGCGAUCACUUUUAAUACCACGGAAAAGCAACCAACUCGCACGCCGCCCCGACUGAGCAAACAGAAGAGCGUCGACGAGCGCACGGAGAUGAACCCGACCGAGUGGCUUGACUGGAGGAGCGUCCACGACAGAGUGGACGAGUGGCUGAAGGAGAACUGCCGGGCGGAAGCGGACGAGUCGCACCUGGUGGCCCUGCUGCAGGAUCUGGACCCGAAGAAGGGGCAUUUCUUUCGAUAGGACUGCUGCGAUUUGGGCAAG